GCAGUCGUUCGACGUUUGCUCUGCCGGUAGCGGGAGGCACGAAGUAGUUUCUAGCCUUUUCUUCUAGCUGUUUAAACCGACGAUUUUACCUGUACAACUGUCAGAUUGUUCAGCCCUAUAGUAGCGGACUUCAUCUGUAUAAUCUUCACUUUUAAUAAUGCCUCGAGGCGGGAAAAAGGGCCAUAAGGGCCGAGGAAAGCAGUUCAGCAACCCUGAGGAGAUUGACCGACAGAUGAGGGUGCAGAGAGAGAUGGAAGAAAAUGCUGGUGCAGAAAAAGAGAGCUCUGCAGAGUCUGAAGAAGAGAGCAGCAGUGACGAGGAGUCUGAGUCCAGGAGGAGGAGUGGAGUGGAGGGGCUUAUAGAAAUUGAGAAUCCAAACCGUGUGUCUCAGAAGAGCAAGAAGGUGGCUGAAGUAGACGUCACUGCUCCCAGAGAACUGACUCGCAGAGAGAGAGAGGAGAUAGAGAAGCAGAAAUCAAAGGAGCGCUACAUGAAGCUCCAUCUUGAGGGAAAGACUGAGCAGGCCAGGGCUGACCUAGCCAGACUGGCCAUCAUCAAGAAACAGAGGGAGGAAGCUGCCAAGAAGAGAGAUGAACUCAGGAAAGAAAAAGAAGCAGAAGAAGCCAAAGCAAAGCGCUAGUCCUUCAUCUGAAAGCUUCAUCAUGCACUUCAAUCUCAGAGGGAUGGAGAGAGAAGGAGAUCUGGAUGAGAAGAACGGGGAGGGGACCAAUACAAGUGGUGUCAGAUCAGGGGUGCUCCUGAACUCCUGUCCCUCAUUUCAAAUCAGAGGGGCGUGGGUCUUCCAUCACAGUGUGAUCAGGGCAGGGAAAACGGGUGGAGCAAAGCAGGAUGAAGAGGAAUGCAACAUUUGGGAUGCCUCUAGUUUUCUUUUUAAAAUUUCUUGAAGUUUCAAUAGGAGGCAAUUUCAGGUUUUCCAAGUGCUUCACUGCCUCUUUAUUCUUCCCCACCCACCAGGGUUUUAAUUCUAAAGCUGCUGAAGUUAUUUCCAUUCCUUUUUGAUUCAUACAUUUUUACAAGGUUACAUAAUCCAAGUUUACUUCAUGACUGGACAGAUAUUACAGUGAGCGUGCAUGAGGAUUUCUUUGGUGCUUUACUUUUCCCUCCAUCUCACCUGUUUUGUAAGAAGGCAAAUCAGUGAAAGAUGGAGGAAAGAACACUAUUCAGAGGAUAAACUGAUAUAUAAGAAAUAUACUAUGUAGUUAAGUAUUUUGUUUUGGAUCAAAAAUGGCAUGCUGCAUCUCAGUGGAUAUGUUUUCAUGAUGCAAUAGUCUAAUUUUCAUCAAAACAUGACCCAAAUUAUUCUGCUUUCCCCACCAAUGUUAUCUUUGUCCCAGUGUUGGUUUUGCCUUGUUUUGAGCCACUUCUUCAUUUGGCAAUUUACAGAGUUGGUAAAUUAGUUUUCAUAUCAAAUACCACGUUUAGAAAGUAGUAAAUAUUUAGUUUCUUUUGCUGUCUCCUGGAUCUUUCCCAAAUUUACAUUUUACUUCAUUGGAUCUUCUUAUUGCUGUCAGUUCAAAAGUGUUUCAAAAUGUGUUUUGUAAUCCUUUGCCCAAAGCACCAGGAAUUUUACUUGAAUUGCCUAUAAUUAGCAGUUUUUAAGUUGUUAAACAUCAGUGCUGGAAAGCAUUGUCUCAAACUGCCUCAGUGACUGUGGCCUUGCCCUGUUUCUGAUGGGAUCCUCUGUGGUUCUUUAGGAAGGAUUGCAUCUUCUGUUGCCUUUUCGGAGUUUACACAAGACCAGUUCACGGUCUUUGUCCUGUAAUUAAAGCACUGCAAAGAGCCUACACUGAGUUAGUUUGUUAAGUAUUCUACAUCAGUCUCCAAAAUGAUCACAGACAGCUCAACGCCUCUCUGACAGUGAAACUUCAUAAACUUCACAAAGACAGGAUUUACUGCAGGGCAUUUGUCUUGUUUAGACUGCACAGGUGUACAUAAUAAACUGGUAACUCGGUAUGUGGUGGAUUUGGAAAUAUCUUGAUCAGGAAAAACCGUAUUCCCUAUAAUAUGGAAGUAGCUUAAAGAACAACAGUUGAAACCACAAUGUGUGAGAAAUGUAGCCGCAGCAUAAAAAUGAAUUCCACCGGUUUUCCAUCAUGUAUUUGAAGUCAUUUUUAAAAAUAAAUUCAUUGAUAGAUAAA